AUGUUUAUCGUUAUCUCUAAGACGAAAAAGAACUUCGACAUCGUUUCGUUAAGAAGCGAUACUACAUUGUCUAAGCCUCCUGUCCGUGUACAGCAGUCGAUACCAGUCAGCAACAGUGAUGAGAGUAUGACGACCUCUACGGGCCCAUCUGGUGACAACCAAAACGUGACACUGAGGAUGAAACCUACACCUGCUGUGGAGGAGUUCGUAUUAAAUGACUCAAGGGACGAAUCUAUAAACUCACAGGAUCCUAUGACGGAUGUGAAGGCAUUAGCGGAGGAACUUCGAGCUAUGCGACGAGAGAUUAGCAGGAUGUGCGAUAAAAUCGACAAAAUUGACUCUUUUGCCAACACAGUCAAUAUGCGAAUGGACAGGAUGGAGGCGAGAAUAGAUUCUCUUGAAAACAAGAAAACAGAAUUUGAAAGUUGUAGAAUAAUUGCGCUAGAGGAAACAGUGUCUCAACUAAAAUUAGAAAUUCAGGAUCGGGAUCAAGAGGUACUCGGAAACGAUAUUGAAAUCGCUAGCUUCCCAGAGGGAAAAAAUGAAAACACGACCCAUUUGAUCUUGACAGUAGCCAAAAAGCUAGGCGUAGAACUGGAAGAGCGUGAUGUAGUUAAGGCGCAACGAGUGGGGCCGGUGCCUGCGCCCGCGGAGGAAGGCGCGGUGCGGCGACCGCGGCCUCUCGUGGUGCGGCUGGCGCGGCGCGAUACCCGCGACUCGCUGCUGCGCGCGGCGCGCGUGCGUCGCGGCGUCACUACGGAGGGCAUGGAUCUCCAGGCUCCGGGUCCAUCACGUAAGUUUUAUGUAAACGAGAGGCUCACCAAAGUAAACAGACGCCUAUUUCAAAAGGCGCGAGAGGCGGCAAAGCGCGCAAAUUUCAGAUUCGUAUGGACCCGUGAGGGUAAAAUAUAUACAAGGAAAGAGCAGGGAACGGCAAGUAUCCGGCUUCGCACGGAUUGUGACAUAGUCAGGGUUUUUGAAGACUGUAAUGUUGGGUCCGAAUAUGGAAAUAUGCAAUAA